AUGAGGUUUUCUUCCAUCCUAGCCCUCGCGGGCUUCACUGCCCUGUCCACAGCCGCAAUCGAGAGGCGAGACUACGACGCCAACGACUUCUACGUCCUCCAGCUCCGUGGAGUCAACCCCGAGGUCGUCGCCACUCGCCUGGGCCUUGAACACCGUGGCACCCUCGGGAGCCUCGACGACCACCACAUUUUCCGCGCGCCCCUAUCGGAAGACGACGUCGUCGGCGACCAUCUGAAGAAGCGGAAGCUGGCGAAGCGCUCGCAGGGCGGCGUCGACGAUGUGCUAGACAACAUUCUCUACGCCGAGAAGCAGAAGCGCCGCGAAGGCCACCUGGAGAAGCGAAUCAUCCCCCGGCGCGAGGGCCCCUUGGAUACCCGCGCCAGCCCCCUGCAAGAGAACGAAGAGGCCAUCAAGAAGCAAGACUCCGUCAUCCACGACCUGCACAUUUCCGACCCUAUAUUUCGGAACCAAUGGCAUCUGCUCAAUACCGUCCAGCCCGGCCACGACAUCAACGUGACCCCUGUCUGGAAGCAGGGCGUCACUGGCCACAACGUGACAGUUGCGGUCAUUGACGAUGGUCUCGAUAUGGACAGCAGAGAUUUGAAAGAUAAUUACUUUGCAAAGGGCUCCUGGGACUUCAACCGCCACCAGCCUCACCCCCGGCCUCAGGGUACCAGAGAUAAGCAUGGUACUCGUUGCGCGGGUGAGAUUUCCGCUGGCCGAAACGAUGUCUGCGGUCUCGGUGUCGCCUACGAGGCUAGAAUCGCUGGUCUUCAGAUGCUUAGUGGCCCGCUCACUAAUGCUGACGAAGCCGAGGCUGUCAUGUACGAGAACCAGGAGAACGACAUUUACUCUUGCUCCUGGGGACCUUCUGACGACGGUAAGACUAUGGAGGCUCCUUCUAUUCUCAUCAAGAGGGCAAUGGUCAAGUCUAUCCAGGACGGUCGAGACAAGAAGGGUUCCAUCUACGUCUUUGCCAGCGGAAACGGAGCCGGACACGGUGACAACUGCAACUUCGACGGGUACACCAACUCCAUCUACAGCAUCACUGUCGGCGCUGUUGACCGCGAAGGCCAUCACCCCUACUACUCUGAGCUUUGCUCUGCGACUCUCAUUGUUGCCUACAGCAGUGGUGCUGGAGCUCACAUUCAUACCACAGACGUCGGCGAGGAUCAAUGCACUAACCACCACGGUGGUACAUCUGCUGCCGCUCCUCUCGCUGCCGGCGUGUUCGCACUUGUUCUGCAGACCCGCCCCGACUUGACAUGGAGAGAUAUGCAAUAUCUUGCCCUGAAUGCUGCGCAGCCCAUCCACCCCAUCGACAACGAGCAGUACGAGGUUCAGACGACCGCCAUUGGCAAGAAGUUCAGCCACACUUUUGCGUAUGGAAAGCUUGAUGCCGAGAAGAUCGUGGCCCUCGCCAAGGACUGGAAGCUCGUCAAGCCCCAGGCGUGGUUCUACUCUCCCUGGCAGCACGUCAAGCAGGACCUUCCCCAAGGUGACGAGGGUCUGGUUGUCUCUUUUGAGGUUACCAAGGACAUGCUGAAGAACGCAAACUUUGAGCGCGUUGAGCAUGUCACUGUCACAAUGAACGUUGAGCACACUCGCCGUGGUGAUCUGAGCGUCGAUCUUAUCAGCCCUCACGGAGUUGUCAGCCACAUCGCUGUCACUCGUGAGCGUGAUGAGGCUCGCGCCGGCUACAAGGACUGGACCUUCAUGAGUGUUGCUCACUGGGGUGAAUCUGGUGUUGGCAAGUGGACUCUGAUUCUCCGUGACUCCAUCGUCAACGAGGACACUGGACACUUCGUUGACUGGCACCUGAAGCUCUGGGGUGAGGCCAUUGACGGCAAGAAGCAGAAGCUGCUGCCUCUUCCCGAAGCCACCGACGAUGACGACCAUGACAAGGUCAUUGAGACUGCCAAGGUUUCCACCGCCACCGGCCUUCCUCCCGCUACUGAGACCGGGCACAAGACUGUUCCUACCGACCACAUCCAGCGACCUACCAAGCCACCAGGUUCGGACAACACGAAGCCUACAUCCACCACCUCUGCCACACCCGAAUCGGCCACUACGUCGCCCUCUUCCUGGAUCUCCUGGCUCCCCAACUUCGGCGCUUCCAAGACCGCCCAGGUCUGGAUCUACGGCGCCAUCGGCCUGAUCCUCGUCUUCUGUUGCGGUCUCGGCGCCUACUUCGUCGCCCGCCGCCGCCGCCUGCAAAGCGACUCCCGCAACAACUACGAGUUCGAGGUGCUCAACGACGAGGAGACCGACGGACUCAACGACGAUGACGCCGAGAAGGCCGCCGCAGCCCGAAAGGCCCUUCGCCCUGGGCGGCGACGACGACGACAGCGACGAUGA